UCUGCGUCAGGCGACACGUGCAGCUACAUUUUAUGUAGCGCUAGUUUUGUUCAUUUUUGUUCAUUUCGGAGGUUAUUUCUUAGACUUGUGCGGGGAGUCUUUAUCAGAUGGGAGGCACUCAGAAGAAAAAGUUUGAGAGGGGCUCUGCCACCAACUACAUCACCAGAAACAGAGCUCGGAAGAAGCUGCAGCUGAGUCUGCCAGACUUCAGGCGACUGUGCAUCCUUAAAGGCAUCUAUCCUCAUGAGCCAAAGCACAAGAAGAAGGUGAACAAAGGCUCCACAGCCCCAAGGACUUUCUAUCUCCUCAAAGACAUCCGCUUUCUGCUCCACGAGCCAAUCGUUGGCAAGUUCAGGGAGUACAAGAUAUUUGUACGUAAACUUAAGCGGGCGUAUGGAAAAACAGAGUGGUCCGCAGUUGAAAGGCUGCGAGAGAACAAGCCCACCUAUAAGUUGGACCACAUCAUUAAAGAAAGGUACCCCACCUUCAUCGAUGCGCUCCGUGACAUUGACGACGCCCUCUGCAUGUGCUUCCUGUUCUCCACAUUUGCAAGAACAGGAAAGUGUCACGUGCAGACGAUCCAGCUGUGCAGGCGACUCACUGUGGAGUGGAUGAAUUUUGUCGUCACGUCUCGUGCUCUGCGGAAGGUUUUCAUCUCCAUCAAGGGAAUAUAUUAUCAAGCAGAGGUGAUGGGACAGCUCAUUACAUGGCUGGUGCCAUUUCAGUUUUCCCAUGACCACCCAACAGAUGUUGACUACAGAGUCAUGGCAACUUUCACAGAGAUGUACACCACUCUCCUGGGCUUUGUCAACUUCAGGCUCUACCAUUCACUCAACCUGCUCUACCCACCAAAGCUGGACAGUAAAGCAGAGUCAGAGCUGAAGGAAGACAGUGAAGACUACGCCAUGGAUUCAGAAAGCUACCUAGAAAAACUGUCGGCUCUCAGCUCCAGCCUGGCUCGGGUGGUUUCCUCUGCAGAAGACGAGGAGGCUGAACUUGACCAAUUUCCAGUUGAAGGGGAGAACGUGGAAAUGAUGGAGGCAAGAGAAAAAGAACAAAGACAGCUGGAAGCCCAGAAAAAGAUGUUUGAGGGGCUCAAGUUCUUCUUGAAUAGAGAGGUUCCCCGGGAGUCUCUGGCUUUUGUCAUCAGGUGUUUUGGCGGCGAGGUGUCCUGGGACAAGUCGGUCUGCAUCGGCGCCACAUACGAGAUGAACGACGAAACGAUCACACACCACGUCGUUGACAGACCCAACGUUGACAAACAGUACAUCAACAGGUACUACAUCCAGCCGCAGUGGGUGUAUGACUGUGUCAAUGCCAAAAUGCUCCUGCCUGUGGAGGACUACUUCAUCGGAGUGACUCUUCCUCCUCACCUUUCUCCUUUCGUGGAGGAGAAGGAGGGCGACUACGUUCCACCAGAGAAACUCAAGAUAAUGGCCCUGCAGCGAGGAGAAAAGUCAGUCGAACAGCAGGAAGAUGAUGAGGAUGAUGAUGAGGAUGAUGAAGAGGAAGAUGAGGAUGAAGAAGAAGAGGAGGAGGAUGACAAUGAUGACGACAAUGCUGAUGAAGAGGAAGAAGCAGAAGAAAAGAACCUCAAAAAGAUGGAAGAACAGCGAUCGAAGUCGCUGCAGGUCAAAGUGACGCCUGGGAAAGUGAAGGCAGAAAACCCAGCUCGCUUGGAGCAGGAAGAGAAAGCAGAGGAGAAACGUCUGGCCAUCAUGAUGAUGAAGAAAAAGGAGAAGUAUCUCUACGACAAGAUCAUGUUUGGAAAGAAAAGGAAAGUCCGAGAGGCUAACAAGCUCGCUGCCAAGAGGAAGGCCCACGACGAUGCUGAAAAAGCAAAGAAGAAGAAAAAGACCAAAAAGUAACUUGUGUAUUGAUUUCUUCCUCAGACUGACUUUUUCUAUUCGUGCAUUACAGGUUGACCCGUCAAUCCUGUGAGAGCUGUGAGUUACUUUCACUAUGAUUUUGGGAACAUUGAACCCUGUGGGACGUUUGACUAUUCAGGAUGUGACAGAACAACUGUAAUGUAUUGAUGUAAAUGUGUUUAUGUCCCUUUCAUUUGUAUGAAUCUUGCUCCAUUCUCCAAAUGAUACAGGACCCGUUAUCACAUUUUAAAAUAUGUACGUAAAACUAUUUUCAAAUAAAGAAAAAAGA